AUGGAUGUGAAGAAGGUGAGAGAAGAUGUUAACUUGAAGCUUCAUGAGCUUCGUGAUGAUAUGGUAAAAGAAGUUGCUGUUGUUCAGCAUGAUUAUGCAACUUUACAUAAAAAGGUUGAUAUCAUUUGUGAUGUCGUCACGAGAUAUGUUAAGUUGUACGAAAGCUUGAGUCCUCAAAUUACUCAACUUUCUACAACUGACAAUCAACAGUUUGGGGAGGUUAUUUUGAUACUCAGGGAUUUAAAAGAAUCAGUGCUCAAGCCUGCUACAUUUUCAAUAAUUACUCUAGAGUUCCUUUCUCAAAAAAUUUCAUAA